GAGCACAAAGCCGAGCGCGCAGGCUCGGCCGGCCCCGCGCCCCGGAGACUCCGCCGGCCCCCAGCGGCGGGGGAGGGCGGUGGGAACCAAACUUUUUUUCCCCGCCCCGGGGACCGAGCGACACGGUUGCCCGGCCCAGCGUAGCCUGCAGACACCAUGUCGGACAGUGACCUGGGCGAGGACGAGGGUCUCCUCUCCCUGGCCGGCAAGAGGAAGCGCAGGGGGAACCUGCCCAAGGAGUCGGUGAAGAUCCUGCGGGACUGGCUGUAUCUGCACCGCUAUAAUGCCUACCCCUCGGAGCAGGAGAAGCUGAGCCUCUCGGGACAGACCAACCUGUCCGUGCUGCAGAUCUGUAACUGGUUCAUCAACGCCCGGCGGCGGCUUCUCCCAGACAUGCUCCGGAAGGACGGCAAAGACCCCAACCAGUUCACCAUUUCCCGCCGCGGGGGAAAGGCCUCUGAGGCAGCCCUGUCCCGCGGCGGCAGCCCCUCCGUGCUGGCGCUGUCCGUGCCGGCCCCUGCCAACGUCCUGUCGCUGUCCGUGUGCUCCGUGCCGCUCCACUCGGGCCAGGGGGAGAAGCCGGCCGCUCCUUUCCCACCGGUGGAGCUGGAGCCCCCCAAGCCCCUGGCCGCCCCCAGCAGCACCCUCACCCUGCUGACCAGGGCUGAUGCCGGGAGCCCCACCGGUGGACUCUUCAACACGCCGCCCCCCACCCCCCCGGAGCAGGACAAGGAGGACUUCAGCAGCUUCCAGCUGCUGGUGGAGGUGGCGCUGCAGCGGGCGGCCGAGAUGGAGCUCCAGAAGCAGCAGGACCCGUCCAAGCUGCCCUUGCUGCACACGCCUCCCCCCUUAGUCUCGGAAAACCCCAAGUAGGCACCUGCCCGCUGGGGCGCUCGAGGCCUGAGCCAGUGUCCCGGGGUUCCACGCUGGCUCUCCCUUGCGCGGAGGGUUUUCUUUGGAUCACUGCCGAACACUGGGGUCGCCUCCUCCGUCAGAGGUCUUCAGCAGGGAGACGGCAGCUGGUGGCACUGCCCUGUGAUGAGGCACGCCCCCCCUCCCCGACCCCUCUCCCACCCAGCAUUUCUCCAGGCUCCUCAGUGAGGGGACCAAGAGACGGGAGGCGGGCCGGGUGCUGCCGCCGCCGGUCCUCCAGAGAUCCCAGGACAUCUUCAUGCCAACCUGCUUCCUGGGCGGGGCACAAGGAAUCUGUCCUAGGUCCAGGCUGCCCCUGAGCCGGUGCUCACAGUGACAUGUCAUGCCGAGUCCAGAGAGUUCCCAAGUUCAUUGGCGUGAACAAGAGAGAACCUUGGCGGACAGAACAGAACCGACUCCAGUUGAAUGUUUAGGUUUUCA